AUGGUGGCUGGGAGGAAGGAGCAGGAGGCUCAGUUGGAACUGAACUGUGGCAGCAAACAGUUCUGCAAUACUUUGGUGAGGAAUGUGAGCAACAUCUUUGUUGUCAGUUUGUCCGUCGCAGACCUCGUGGUUGCGGUUUAUCCAUACCCUCUGAUCUUGAGUGCCAUUUUCCAUAAUGGAUGGACCAUGGGAAAUGUUCACUGCCAGAUAAGUGGGUUUCUGAUGGGCUUAAGUGUCAUCGGGUCCAUUUUCAACAUUACAGCUAUUGCAAUCAACCGCUACUGCUACAUCUGCCACAGCCUUCGGUACGAUAAGCUCUUCAACCUGAAGAACACCUACUGCUAUCUCUGCCUGACUUGGAUUCUCACAGUGGUGGCAAUUGUGCCAAACUUCUUUGUUGGUUCCUUGCAGUAUGACCCCCGGAUUUACUCCUGCACCUUUGCCCAGACGGUGAGCACAUCAUACACCAUCACAGUGGUGGUGGUUCACUUCAUCGUCCCACUAUCCGUUGUGACAUUUUGCUACCUACGGAUCUGGAUUUUGGUGAUUCAAGUCAAACACCGGGUGAGACAAGACUGCAAGCAGAAACUCAGAGCAGCUGACAUCCGAAACUUUUUGACUAUGUUUGUGGUUUUUGUCCUUUUUGCUGUGUGUUGGGGACCAUUAAACUUUAUUGGCCUUGCUGUUUCGAUUAAUCCUUCAAAAGUGCAGCCACACAUUCCAGAAUGGCUUUUUGUCCUGAGCUACUUUAUGGCCUAUUUUAACAGCUGCCUCAAUGCUGUGAUCUACGGGCUUCUUAACCAAAAUUUCCGGAAGGAGUACAAAAGGAUACUGCUGACACUGUGGACUCCCAGGCUGCUGUUCAUCGAUGUGUCCAAGGGUGGGACAGAAGGGAUAAAAAGCAAGCAUUCUCCAGCCAUAACAACCAACAACAACCAUGCUGAAAUACACUUAUGAGUCAGGACAGUACUAUUUAUUCUGGAUUACAGUUGUAUAUAUAAUGUAUUAGAGGCUUUCUAGCUGUGUUGCUGGGCCCCUCAUGCAAGGAAAAAGUCUGCUACCUUUCAUGCUUAGCUUAUCGCUGUGACAUCAAGGCUUUGAGUAAGGAUUUACAUGAUGGAAAUGGCUGAUCUUUAUAUGAUUUUGUUUUUCAUAU